CUGGAUUCUGGAUGCAAGUGCUGCGCUGCAUGAUGUACAUGUACAUACAAUGCUCUAGGAAACAACGUUGGAAGUUAACUAUGCCCAAUAGAAUCUAUUGGGUAUUGGCAUUUAGGUAUAUCAGCUAGUUGCCAAGAAAUGCAGCAAAACACAAUUUAUAGCUUGCAGAACAGUAUUCGUAUAAUCCAAAGCGAGGGUGAGUUUGUUGGUUGGGAGAAGGAUGUUCAGGAUGUUCAGGAUCAAGUUUAUAUAGUUAUCCUUCUCCCAAUCCAAAGGUUACCUAGGUAUCUUCCAUGACCACGUGAUAUGGCAACCCCUAAUUCGUAUUUCUCCAAGCGGAAUUUCAUUAUUGAAAAAGAUGUCAAGGCAGAAUCGUUGACGCUGGAAACCCACCGAGUAAUGUAUGUACAGUACAUAGAUAGGUGCAUAUGUACAUGUACAUGUACAUGUCGGCCUCGAUUACUUUCAACAAGGACACCAGAAAGAGAACAGCAGGGGGGGUGCCUGCCAUUGGGAAGCCCAUUAUCAAUAACCACUUGCUCCUUCUCGUCCAGCAGCUGGGUGCAUGGCAUAAAUAUCUCUCCCUGUUCAAUUUUUCUCUUCUUCUCUUGUGUUUUCCUUUCUCGCCGCGAUAUAUUUAUUUAUAUAUAUGUGUUAAAUAUCCGCUUCGUCGAUCCAAAACCACAUCGGAUACCAUGAGAUUCCUCAUGGUACUACUUUAUGUAGUUAAUACCCUCGGGAGGAUCUGUUGUACUUGGCUAGGUUGUCAUCGCAGGAAGAAAAGGCGAUAUAGGCCGCGGUCGGAAGAUGAGAGCCACGAGCUCCAGGGACAGGGAGUCCACCUCUCUGGACAGGAUAGAUCGCGCCAGGGAUAUCAUUUCCGAGAAGCAAACCAGCCACGUCGUCAAUUGUCUGAAGUAGAGCGUGCCCAAGUCGCGAUGGCUUUGGGGAAUCCACGCUAUCCUCUUCCACGGCAGGCUGCUCCAGCGCCUGCUCCAGCGCCAGCUCCAGCUCCAGUGCAUGCUCCAACUCCAGUGCCUACUCCAGCUCCAUCCCCAGCCCCAGCCCCAGUGGAAGCUGCAAAAGGGUCUUCAGAGAGUAUCCGAGUCAGAGACAUUCCUCCUGCGGUCGACGGCCAUCAAUCAGACCAAAACACGGAUGCCGCUACCAGAGAGUCAGAUGCCACACAGCAACAAACAAAUGAACCCCGAAACAUCCAACCGAUAAACACCCCUGUGGCUAAGCCCUCUGCCCAAAUGACAGAGGAUGAGAUCAAGGACAGGGUGAUUUCAGAAUGCAAUCCCGUUGAAAGUGAAGACUCUCCAUCCAGCCCUGUUUGAAACCGUCGCAGCAUUGACACAACAAGAUGCGAAGCGAUAUCAAAAUGUAACUCCCUGCUUGAUGACUAGAUAAAAAGGGAUAGACUAAUGGCGCGGGAAAUGUAUGAAAUGGAGGCGAACAAUUUCAAAUCCAACCAUGGGGUUGUUCGGUGAUAGUGUCAAAUUGCAUGAUUGAACAGCAUAGGGACUAUACGUUCGGAUGUAAGUUGUAAUAAAGUUUGGGCCUGUCCCCUGAGUUUCCAUAAUAAUAAUAAUGCUUCAUCGUCUUGAUGUAUAUGUUACCAAUGGAGUUCUAUGGGUUUCUAUGGAGUUCACUCACAGACAUGUUUGAUUCAUUCCGCAAACUUUGGUUUUCUGGGCCAGUACGUAGUUUAGUCAAUUGAAUUCGAAAGUAUUAAUUCCCGG